GUGGACUCCAUCAUCUAAAAAGCUACCAGCAAGGGAAGCCAAAGAGCAUCCAUCUGUCUUUUUCCAGAUACAACCAACAGGAACUCACAGAGAAACAUGCAUUUGUCUUCCAUUCCUCUCUGUGGCCUCCUCCUCAUUUUAAACCUUCAGCUCUUCAGUACAUAUCCCAUCGGUACUGCCUUGACUGACACUGAUAUGGACAUUUUAAAGGUGAUCCUUCACAAAUUAGAGGAGACAGUUUCAGAGCAGAGUGAGCUGGACCAAAGAGUCCCUGCAGAAAGGGAGGAUGUGGACAGCAGAAACACAGAGGAGGAAGCAGAUAGACAACAGUCUCAAACUGGACUGGACAAGGCAGCAAUCUGGGAGCUUCUUUCAGCCAAGAACCUGAAGAACGUCCGCAGUGACUCUUCAAGGAGAUCAUCUGGCUGCUUUGGUCGACGGAUGGACAGAAUAGGCUCAAUGAGCUCUCUUGGAUGCAACACUGUUGGCAGAUACAAUCCAAAGUAAAGAUGAAGUCUUACUAUCUAAAUUCUGGAACUGCAACGUCUCUACAAAAAGAUUUUCAUUUGAAUGCUAUUUAUUUACUAAUAUUUAUUGAAUAUUCUUUAUGACUGCCAAGUUAAUUUAUUUAAAAUUGAUUUAUGUUCUUUAUGCACUGUUAUGCAGAAUUUUAAUAAAUGUUUACAACUCCACAU